AUUUUGAACACGGUUUGAGCUCGUGGGCCACACAAAAUGGGCCUGAACAGAUCGGCCCGUUUAAACGUUGCUUUUAACUCAUGAAAUUAGAAGUCCAGGUUGAAGAAAAUUAGGAGUAAUAUUAGCAACUAUGCUACCAAAUUAUGCUGGGUUUAUGCAAUCCCAACAUCAAAUUCAAACCUCAUUUCAUCUAGGAACCAAACACCACCUAAUUGCCCUACGCCGAUCCGCUAUCCUACGCUCUAAGCGCACGAGUCGUGUUUGCUCUGGAAGAAGGAAGCAAACAAUCAAAUCAAUGAGGGCCGUGGUUCAGCGCGUAGCUUCUGCUAGCGUUGAGGUGGAAGGCCGCUUGAUAUCGUCGAUUGGACCUGGCCUGCUUGUCCUCGUCGGGCUUCAUGAGACUGAUGUUGACUCCGACGCUGAAUACAUAUGUCGCAAAGUGCUGAACAUGAGAUUGUUCCAAAACGAAAAUACUGGGAAAACUUGGGACCAAAAUGUGAUGCAAAAAAAUUAUGAAGUUCUAUUAGUAAGUCAGUUUACGUUAUAUGGGGUAUUAAAAGGAAACAAACCAGAUUUUCAUGUGGCGAUGCCCCCCGCUGCAGCUAAAUCAUUCUAUGCUUCUCUAGUUGAACGAUUUCAGAAAGCUUACCGUGCGGAUGCAGUUAAAGAUGGCCUAUUUGGAGCAAUGAUGACAGUUAACUUGGUGAAUGAUGGUCCGGUGACAAUGCAGCUCGAAUCAAGGGAAUCAUAAGAAUUCAAAUGGUGAUGACAGAAGAAAUAUCUGAGACCAUAUAUUUCAAGAUUCAUUCUUUCAACUCUGGUUAACUCAUCUGAAAAGUGGGCCUAUUAAAAUUUAAAAAAAAAAAUGAAAAAAAAAAUAUCCCUCGUUAGUGUUAUGAUCAGAGCAAAUUGAUAAUAUUUUCAUAUUGAUUACUGAAUUUCGAGUGUUGAAAUUUCUAAAAUGUACUUGGAAAGUAUUGGUUAAGCUUAAGCAGGUGGCACAAAAUGUAUUUGAUUUCCAUUUCGAGACCAUGUAAAGUUCACUUGACUUUUUGGGAUGAGCUUUUAGAUACCAAAUAUAAACAAAAACUUUGACAAUCA